CCGACCUUCACUCACGCAUCUUGCCGCGACAGGCCAGGGCGCCCACCUGGGCAUGGUGGAUUUGUGUAGCCCGCUCCCACUAGACCUGUUUCGGCAUGGCAUCAUGGCCGUAACAUGGUUCACGCCGCUCGGAUUGGGUAGUGCCAAACGGCGAGACCCAGCUCUGUCGCCGCCAAAGAGAUAAGGAAACCUUUUUUUUUUUGUGGUGUGUGGGAUUUCUCUCCUCCAGCCCUUGGGAUGUGCACUGGCACCAUCGAACCGCGAGCUUAAAAAGUCCCUGUCUCUGCGCCUUUGAUUGACUCAAGGCACAUCUAUCUACCUACUCGCAAGCUCUCCCACGACUGGCUUCGACUGCACCUCCAUUGAUCAUCUCUCUCGCCUUCCACACAGACAUCGCGCCGCCGUGAUAUCGGUGGGGAAGAGGGAAAGAAAGAAAGAGAAACUCACCCACCAUGGCGGGUUGGAUUCACAAUGCCAACGCGGCCGUCGCGCGCUCCUUUGCGGGCAGGUACUUUCGCCUCGAGGGAUCCGGUCAUCCCAAAGAGCGCAAGGGAAGCCACUUCUUCACCGAGUUCCGCGCCGGAUUGGCCACCUUCUUUGCCAUGGCCUACAUCAUCUCCGUCAACUCAACCAUCGUGUCCGACACGGGCGGCACCUGCGUCUGCCCACCAGAGGGCAUGGCGGACCUGUGUGCCACUAACCAGGAGUACAUGUUGUGCGUCCAAGUCGUCAAGCGGGAUCUGGUCACGGCCACGGCUGCCAUUGCCGCUUUGACAUCCUUUUGCAUGGGUCUCUUCGCCAAUAUGCCCAUUGCUCUGGCCCCUGGAAUGGGUCUCAACGCCUACUUUGCUUAUACCGUCGUCGGCUUUCAUGGUUCUGGUAUGGUCCCUUACGAGGUUGCCCUCACCGCCGUCUUCGUAGAAGGCUUUGUCUUUGUUGGUCUUACCCUGCUCGGAAUUCGACAAUGGCUUGCGAGAGCUAUUCCAGCUAGCAUCAAACUCGCAACGGGAGUCGGUAUCGGACUUUACUUGACUAUCAUCGGCCUUACCUACUCUGCUGGCAUUGGUCUCAUCACUGGCGCUACCGCAACUCCACUGGAACUUGCAGGAUGUGAGGCUCAGUACAAGAACGACAAAGGCGUCUGCCCCGCUUCUUAUAAAAUGAGAAACCCGGCCAUGUGGAUCGGCAUCUUCUGCGGCGGUAUCCUCACCGUCAUGCUGAUGAUGUAUCGCGUCAAGGGCGCCAUCAUCUUUGGUAUCCUACUCGUCUCCAUCAUCUCCUGGCCGCGCCAAACUAGCGUCACCUAUUUCCCCCACACUACCGUCGGCGACUCGUCCUUUGCCUUUUUCAAAAAAGUCGUCACAUUUCACCCCAUCACAAAGGUUUUGGCCGUCCAAGAAUGGGACAUUUCCCAGUACGCUGGCCAGUGGGGCCUUGCUUUCAUCACCUUUCUCUACGUCGAUAUUCUUGACUGUACCGGUACGCUGUACUCCAUGGCUCGCUUCUGUGGCGCCAUCGACGAGCGUACCCAAGACUUUGAGAACUCUUCCAUUGCGUACACAGUCGACGCCGUCGGUAUUUCCAUUGGCUCUCUCAUGGGCUCGCCCCCAGUCACCGCUUACAUCGAGUCCGGUGCCGGCAUUUCCGAGGGUGGCAAGACUGGUCUUACUGCCAUGUUCGCUGGUCUCGCCUUCUUCAUCUCCAUCUUCUUCGCACCCAUUUUCGCUUCCAUCCCUCCUUGGGCAACCGGCUGCACGCUCAUCAUCGUUGGCUCUCUCAUGGCGCAGUCUGCCAAGGACAUCAACUGGCGCUACAUGGGCGACGCCAUCCCUGCCUUCCUCACCAUUGCGAUUAUGCCCUUUACCUACUCGAUCGCCUACGGUCUGAUUGCCGGCAUCUGCUCCUAUAUCCUCAUCAAUACACUCGUAUACAUCAUCGAGAAGGCGUCGGGUGGCCGUAUUGUUCCGCCAAACAAGGAAGAGAAGGAACGUUGGACCUGGCGCAUUCCCGGCGGUUUCUUCCCGCCGUGGACGCAGAGGAUCAUUUCUGGCAAGAGGCACUUUUGGAAGGCCGACCACGAGACGGAAGGCGUCCAGAUGCAAACCGUUGAUCCCAAGAGCGAGAGUAGCUCGGCCCACAACGUGCCUGAGAAGGAGUUUGUCUCUAACAAGCAAACCCGGAAGCUUGCUUGAACGGCAUCAGCUUGUGUCAUGGCACAGAAUGGUGCACAUGCAUAGCC